UAAACAGAUUGCUAUUAUAACUCUAGUUCGCGUUAUGACCUUUGUUUGAAGAGUCCGAUGAUUUAAAGAAUAAAUAUUUUCAACAUGGAAGAAAGUGAAAAUGAGAAUGUUAUUAUUUGCGAGACUGUACCGUUCCCGAAUAAUGAGGAAGAAAUCGCAACAAGCUUUUUUGUUAUUGAGCAGGAGGAUGCGAAUGGAAAUGUUCAAAAUACAAGCAUGGAAAGUAGUGAAAAUAACGUGACAAAUAACAUUGAAAUUCCCAUAGAUGAUGAAAAUGCAGUUAUGUAUGAAGUUGAACAAUUAAUGGAUACAGAAUCGCCAGCAGUAAAUUCUGAAACUUGUGCUCCCGUUUCAGAGAACGAAAAUGCAGAGGAUCCUGAUGUCGUUGUGAAGGAAGGUGAUCAAUUACAGUGCCCACAUUGUCCGAAAAAAUUUAACCGAAUUACGAAUAGACGGCGACAUAUUAGAUUGGUUCACAAGGUUCCUGGUCGUUCGCAGGGGUCUCAUAUCAAGUGCAUUGAAUGCAAUGUAUCCUUUCAAGUUAUCUUUAGACUGCGUGAUCAUUUAAGCACUGUCCACAAACUAAAAAUGGAUGAAGAAGAAAUGCAAUUUCCAAAUAUGAAUGCAUUUAAAAAAUGGAAAUGUGAAAUGGAAAGGAAGACUCUUUGUUCCUUUACAUUAAGACACGGGACAAAAAAGGGUGUCUUAGGAGCUAGGUAUUUCUAUUCCUGUCAUCGUUCUGGCAAGUAUGCUCCCAAGCGCAAAGGUCCUAGGCAGCGAAUGAUAAAACAUCAAGGAUCUUGCAAAAUGGGAAUAUGUUGUACUGCUGCCAUUCAAGCCCAGGAAACUCCUAACGGAGUUGUAGUAAAAAUUCUGUCCAUAUCAUUAUGGGCAUGGAAAAGAAACAACUUACAUUAAAUUGACUCCCGAGGAACGAGUUGCUAUUGAAGAGAGUGUUGAGAAAGGUGUUCCUUUUGAAACCUUGCUUAGUGAAAUACGUGAGAACAAGUCUUCAAAAGACCAUUUUCAACUCUUUCUGUUGAAGAAAAAGGAUAUUCGUUCCAUCAAUAUGGCUUAUGCAUAUGAAGAAUUCAAUACAGAAAUGAGUGAUGCCGAUAGUGUUGACCGUUGGAUUAGUCUUUGUUGCCAGAUGGAAGUUUCACCGAUUCUUUUUUAUCAAAAAGAAGAUUUUGUCGGUGGGGAAGGAAAGCACGAUGAAUUUUUGUUAGUUAUAAUGACAGAAUUUCAGAGACAAAUUCUUUUAAAUUCUGCGAGACAGAUUGUUUGUGUCGACUCUCUUUAUCGGAAAAAAGGAGGCCGUUUUUACCUUACUGUUAUGUUUAUUAUGGACGAAAUGGACUUAGCUUUCCCCGUUGCAUUCUGCAUAAGUAACAAAGUAGAUAAGAUGGUACUUAUCCAGUUUUUUGCAUCCAUUUCUCAGCAGACAGGUUCCCUGGAAUGCCAAUACUUCAUGUCCGACAGCGAAAGUUGCUACUAUGAAGCUUGGAAAGAAGUGAUGAAUGACGAAUCUAAGUGGAUUUGGAGUUUGUGGUACGUUGACAGCAGGUUUCGAACUCAGUUGAAAAUUUUUAAAGGUGAUACUCAAAAGAGGCAGGACGUAUACAAAGUAAUGAGAGUUCUCCUUGAAUGUCCUAAUCAAAUUGUGUUCAACUGCAUGUUUGAAAAUUUUAUCAAAGACCUUAUGUCAAGUCCAACUUCAAAAGACCUUGGGAAAUUUAUACAGUCAAAAUAUGGAUCAAAUUUCGAAAUGUGGGCUAGAUGUUACCAGAAAGACAUUGAACUGGGUACAGUGAUUCACUUAGAAAUAAUGCAUCGGACACUGCGGUACUGUUGCCGUGAAGGUCGGAAAACGAGAUUAGAUAAAUUUAUAUAUGUUCUCAUGAAACUAAUUCGUGAUAAAAUGCUUGAUCGAUUGUCCAAUGUUUUAGAUGAAGAAAAGAUAACAAUGGCUGUUGAAGCAAUAAACACAUGUCACACAAUGGGAUUAGAAAUUGUGCCAGAAAACAUUACUGUUCUCUCGGAUAAAAUUUGGCUCGUCCGUUCCGAAAAUCCUGAUGAAAAUGCUUACGUGACUGUUGACAAUGCUACUUGCCUAGAACAUUGCAAUUUAAAAUGCAUUGAAUGUGAUAUAUGUGUGCACAUGUACUCAUGCACUUGCCUUAACAAUUUAAUUAAUGCAAAUAUGUGUGACCACAUACAUGCCGUUGUUUGGAACUUUGUAUCGCCACACUUCAGCCCUGCUGCUUCGGACGUCGACGACAUAAUGCAGGAAGUGGCCGAUACUCCAUCUGAUGUCCUUGAAAUAUUCAAGAAGGACGAAAGCUAUGACGAACUUCUGCAAAGUGUCCUUAAAAGAUCUCAUCAAGUGUAUAAACUGGUUCAGGCCAGUAAAAACAAACUGAACUCGUUAAACUUGGGAAAGCUGUUGAAUAAAAUGAACGAAUGCGUUGACAUUUGUACUGGGAAACAUACGGAACCAGAACCUCCUAAGCCACCACCUCCUGCAGUUCCUGCUUUUCCUUACCCUCUAGUUUCCUCUGUUCCUCGGCCUGCAGCUUCUAUGCCCGCCACUUGCCGUUCUAUCCCCUCGAAUGCUGCUUCUCCCAUUCGUUUGCCAGCUCCUGUCAAGGCUUCAAGUUCGUCCUCUGGCCCUCCCCCCAGCUCUUCUGUUGCCCCCACUUCUCUUUCUCCUGCUAAGCCAGAUGCAGUUACAAUUACAAGCAUAAGGCCUCCUGAUGGAAAGCCAGUUUAUGUUCUGCAGCCAGUUUUUGGGAACAAUGCAUCAGUCGUUCAACCACAGUUUAUGCAAACUCCAUUCCUUCAAGGUUUGCAAGGGCAAUUCAUCCAAAACGCUGCUGGUGUUCAGUAUGUUGUUGUGUUGCCAGAUAAAUCCAAUUAAAUUUCAAAGUUUUAAGAACAAAACAGUUCUUUUUUUACAAUGAGCCCCUUGUAAAAGUAUUUUUAAAAAAAAUGUUGACACUGUGUGAAGGUAUUCACUGACUAUCAUCAUAAAGGAUUGCAUAUUUUGUUUCAAAUUGUAAAAAUUUGCAUUGUCAAGAAAAGUUUUUUUAAAGAAUAUA